AUAUUUUUAUUUUUAGACAUCAUCACUAACGAUCACCCCUCUAUAUAUAUACAGCCUGCACAACCUCAUUAGGAACCCCCCAUUACUCACUUUUCAUCCUUCGAUCAUACACUUAGUUGCUUCCAAUUAAGAUGGUUCUGCUAGAGAAGCUCUGGGAUGAUGUUGUGGCUGGCCCUCAACCUGAGCGGGGCCUUGGCAAGCUCAGAAAACUCACCACCCUCAAAACUAUUGAUGAAGGAGAAAGUAGCAAGCUGCAGAAGACGUUGUCGAUGCCGUCGACACCAACAACCCCGAUGACUCCGACGACUCCAACGACACCGGGAUCGGCCCGUAAAGCUGACAACGUUUGGAGGAGCGUCUUCCAUCCUGGGAGCAACUCCGCCACAAAGACCAUCGGUGCUCAGAUGUUUGACAAACCACUUCCCAACACUCCCACUGUCUAUGACUGGCUGUACAGUGGGGAGACCAGAAGCAGGCACCGCUGAAGCUGAAGUCUUUAGCUAAGAUGACCGUGGGUUGCAUGUAAAUAUUGUCGUUUUUCGUUAAGCAUCUGCCACGUUUGCAGCUACUAUUACUAUUAUGUGUCGGGAAUUUAUUGCUCCGUUGCUGACUCAAACAUAAUAUUACUAGCGUGUUUGGUUUUUUUGAGCAAGUGAAUGUAAAAAUGCUAAAUAAUUCGUUAGUAUGCUAAGUUUUGUUAAGCCAGAUCUGCCUUGAACUUUGGCGAUUGGUUAAUCUUUUUCUCCCUUUGUUAAAUGAUUAGUAUUAAAAUAAAUAAAUUUUUGUUAAAAUCUUAUGUUGUAA